UAUGGAGAUGUCGUGCUGCCUGCAUCACCGCCACCUUCCGCACCACCAGGAUUCAAGUCAUCAACACACACCAUGCAGACCAGACAACAAGCCUCUAAGACUGACACACCGACUGCUUCGACCUUUCCCAUGGUCGAGGUGGCUGGACCGGAUGGUCCUAUCCUCGUGCAUCGGCCAUGGACAGCAGCUGAUGUAAGAGAGGCGGCAGAACACCUGCCAGAUCCACGCAACUCAGGAAUGAAAUUUAUUGAACAAUUUCUGAAUUUUUGUCAAGAAUUCCGACCUACAGGAGUUGAAAUACGAAGGAUUCUGGCAAAGAGACUUGGGCCAGGAGACCUGCUUAAAAUCUCCCAACGUAUUCCCAGGCCUGAGUUGAAAAUUGUUCACGUAGAUUGGGCUCAUGCUAAAAACAUGGAGUAUCGAGAUGCGCUCCUUGAGCUAGGUGACGCACUGAGGAAAGCCUUUCCUCCCAAGGUUGAUAUGUCUAAAAUAGCCAGCUGCAAACAAAAACCAGAAGAACAGGUCGAUGACUAUGUAUCCAGAUUGACUGCCAUCUUUAACGAACAUAGUGGGCUGGAGCAGCCUGGUGCAUCGGAGAGCCACCCCUGCAAUUCCAUCCUCACAGGUAUGCUCCCUGAGUUACAUGAUAUUGUUAUCCGCACAUAUGUGGGGUGCAAAGAAGAAUGUCGACUGAAUGAUCUCAAGCGACAUGCACGCCAUGCACAACUGACUCAGCAACAGAAGAAGAAAGCUAAGCAGGAAAAGACUGAGAAAGAACUGCAUAUGGCAGCCCUCACUAUGUAUUCUGCAUUGGCAACAAUGCAGGGGCAGCGAGGACGAGGCAGAAGCCGUGGACGCGGGGGAAAAGGAGGUGGUAGAGGAGGUCAGCACGGACAAGGCUCUGAAGAUCCCAACACCUGUUACAGGUGUGGCAAAAUUGGACACUGGGCUAGAGACUGUCCCAUGAACGCUUUGGAUGAACAGGCACGAGCACACGGCACGUCUGAUUGACAGGGACAGGACGAAGGGCGAGGGACAUCACUCGAAGGCUCUGCAGAACAGGGAAGUGAAACACACACACAGCCACAUGCAUGUUUACAUAAUGAUGAUAGCCAGGAGCACACACACCAGCAUGUUCAUGCUCAUGUACAUAAUGCUAUAAGAUAUCUUGAACAGAAAAACACACCACAGGUUGAAACUUAUGUACAAUAUGCAGGUGAUCCUAAAACUGUUUUUCCUUUAUAUGCGUUGACAAUAGAAGGGACUGAAGUGAUGUUUUUGGUAGAUUCAGGAGCUACAAAUUCUGUGAUUAUGGCUUCCACAUUUUCACACACACCAAAAAUGACUGGUAACCAUGUGUAUUCUGUCGGAGCAUCUGGCCAAUCGAUUAAAGAGAGAGUGACCGCUCCUCUGCGUUGUAUUACACCAGAGGGGGAGCAAAUAAAGCAUGCAUUCUUAUUCUCACAUCUCUGCCCUGUUAAUCUGCUCGGCAGAGAUCUCAUGUGUAAAUUGGGGAUAUGUUUGAUAUCGACUCCGGACGGGUUAAAGGUGAGUUCUCUCACCUCCCUGACAGGACCCGAUGAAUCAUUGAUAGCUGUUAUGCAUGAUCCCCGACAAUUGUUGUAUGCAUAUCAGUGGAAGUUAGAGGCUUCUGCAUCCACUGAUCAGCUGAUACAAAAAAUAAGAACGCUUGUGUCUCCUACAGAUACAGAUUUUCUAACAAUCAAUGAAUUACAUUGUACAUCUCAUGUGAAUCUUGGCCCGGACUCUGACUAUGAACACACAUGGCUCCAAGUGACACAAGAACGACUGACUACGGUCUCCCUUUUCUGGGAUGACCACCGCGCAGCGCUUUCUGUUUGUUUGACUGAGAAUCAGAAAAGACUUUUUGAUGCAAACAAUUGUUUUCCUCACGUGUCUUUUUCCAAACACGUGAAGGAUAGAUGGGAAGAUUUGGGGUUGUUUGUAGAAAGAUGUGUACAUAUUCAAGACUGGCAAAGCACAAGUGACCCAUUGGUCACUUACUCUCCCCAGCUGCAGGUAUAUAAACAGUCAUUACAGUCUUCUUUCCACGGCACACGCACUGUGCAGUUGUUGCCGCUGAACGACUCAUUCUCACACAAGAAAUAUGUCUUAUUAUCAGCAGAAAAUGUUAAGCAUGUACCUGCUCUGAAAGAAGUGCCUGAUAUUCUGUGGGCAAAGCAUAAAUAUGAUGUAGGACUAAUUCAGGGUUGUGAGCCAGUAAUGAUAACUGCAAAAUCUGACUUUCGCCCAUGCAAACAACAAUAUCCUUUAAAACAAGAGGCUAUUGAUGGCAUUACUCCAGUGUUCAAUCACCUUUUGCGAGCAGGCGUAAUUGUUCCAUGUCCUGAUUCUCCGGUUCGCACACCUUUAUUCCCUGUCAAAAAGAUUAGGGAUGAAGGCCAACCAGUUGAAUAGCGAUUUGUACAAGACCUACAAGCUGUGAAUGCUGCAGUACAGCCACGUGCUCCCAAUGUUCCAAAUCCCUACACUAUUUUAUCACAAGUGCCUGCAGAUGCUAAGUUUUUCUCAGUAGUUGAUCUCUCAAAUGCCUUUUUCAGUGUGCCAGUGCACCCUGAUAGUCAAUUUUGGUUUGCUUUUACCUUUAAUGGCAAACCAUACACGUUCACUCGUUUGUGUCAAGGUUAUUGUGAGAGUCCAACUAUUUACAAUGCAGCUCUUAAGGACAGCUUAGAGCCUUUAGUCCUGACCCCCAGGACAGCAUUGUUGCAGUAUGUUGAUGAUUUGAUGAUUUGUAGCCCCACUAAAGAGCAGUGUGAGGCUGAUACAGUGACUCUGUUACGGCAUUUGGCUGAUCAUGGGCAUAAGGCCAGUUUGUCUAAACUUCAAUUUGUACAGCAGGAAGUUGUUUUUCUGGGUCAUGUGAUCACAGCAGAGGGCAAAUCCCUCUCACCCAAACGUGUAGAAGCUAUUCAAAAAUUGCCCAAACCUCUGACAAAAAAACAACUAAUGUCUUUUUUGGGAAUGUGCUCUUAUUGUCGACAGUUUAUCCCUAACUAUGCUGAGUUAGAGGCCCCGUUGGGAGCCCUAAUUUAUGGUAAAGGUCUACAAUCUUCAGACCGUUUGACCUGGACUCAUGAUGCAACACAGGCAUUCACUGAUUUGAAGCUUUUAUUGCAGUCAACUCCUACAUUAGGCCUCCCAGACCCACUCAGGCCUUUUACUCAGACUGUGGAUGAAAAGAAUGGUUGUAUGACAUCAGUUCUUUUGCAGGAACAUGGAGGGCGGCUGAGACCAGUGGCCUAUUUCUCUUCUAAGUUAGACCCAGUGGCUGCUGGACUGCCUCGCUGCCUCAGGGCAGUAGCGGCUGCAGAGAAAGCUGUUUUAGCUUCUAGGGAAAUUGUUGGAUAUUCUGAUCUAACUCUUCUUGUUCCCCAUGCAGUCUCUAUGAUCCUGUUGGAACAAAAAACCUCUCAUCUUUCAACAGCACGUUGGUUAAGAUACAACACUGUUUUGUUGGAUAUGCCUAACAUUACUGUGAAAAGAUGCACUGUUCUUAACCCUGCCACUCUUUUGCCUUCUCCAGAUGAUGGUGAAGCUCAUGAUUGUGUUGCUAUUCUUCAACAGGUUUGCACACCCAGACCCGAUCUGCGAGAGACUCCUCUUACUAACCCUGAUCUUGUCUUUUAUGUUGAUGGUUCUGCCUUUCGAGAUACUCAGUCUGGGUUAAACAAAGUGGGCUUUGCUGUAUGUGAUGAUCACUCCAUAGUGCAAUCGGGCUCUUUGCCCUCUAACUAUUCGGCACAGGCCGCUGAAUUGAUAGCUCUCACUGCGGCUUGCACACUAGCAAAAGGUCGCUCAGUGACUAUCUAUACAGAUUCUCGCUACGCCUUUGGUGUGGUGCAUGAUUUUGGCGCACUAUGGAAACACAGAAAUUUUCUUAAAUCUGAUGGAAAGCCUAUCUUACAUCAUGACAAAGUCUUAGCUUUAUUGGAUGCUAUUCUUUUGCCAAAACAGAUUGCAGUUUGCAAGUGUCAAGCUCACACAGGUGACACAGACUCUGUAUCUAAAGGCAAUGCGCGAGCGGAUGCUGCAGCCAAGCGUGCUGCUGAUUUAUCACUCCCUCCUCCCCCAGCUGAGGCGUUCUGUUUUCUCUCACACACACUCCCUGACUCCCUCUCUGCACUUCAGUCAUUUGCCUCUCCUCCUGAAGUAACCCAGUGGAGAGCAUGUGGAGCUCAAUACAAAGAUAAGGUUUGGUUCGGUCCGGAUGGACUGCCCUGUUUCCCUAAACACUUUUUUCCUCAUUUUGCUAAAUUGACACACGGGUUAGACCAUGUGUCAAAAGGGGGAAUGUUACAGGCAAUAACACAACACUGGUUUACAAAGGGUUUUGCAGCAUAUGCACAGAAAUAUUGUCAAUCUUGUGUUAUUUGUGCAACCUACAAUGCAGGAAGAGGUAUUCCUGUCCCUGCAGCAGCACACCCAACACCAGACAAACCAUUUGAUCACUUAAUGAUGGAUUUCAUAGAACUAACUCCAGACAAAGGGAAGAAGUAUUGUCUAGUGAUGGUAGAUAUGUGGUCUAAGUGGGUGGAAGCUUUUCCAGCAAAACAUGCUAACAGCCAUGCAGUCACCAAGGCUCUGUUAACAGAAAUCAUUCCACGAUGGGGAAUUCCAUCAAGAAUCAGUAGUGAUAACGGCACACACUUUGUAAACGCUGCAGUGGAGGCAGUGGGACAGUUCUUAGGCAUUGACAUGAAAAAACAUUGUGUAUAUCAUCCACAGAGUGGGGGAGCAGUGGAGAGAGAGAAUGGUACGCUCAAAGCAAAACUUGCUAAAUGUUGUGAAGAAACAGUUUCUCAACAGGUUAAAGCAGCCCUCCCUCAGCAGGCCACAGGUCCCCUACACUCGAUCCAGCCUGGCGAUUGGGUGGUGAUAAAAAACCUGCGAAGGAAGCACUGGAGGUCUGAGAGGUGGCAAGGGCCGUUCCAAGUGUUACUCACAACACACACAGCGGUGAAGGUCGCAGAGAGAGCAACUUGGAUCCACGCCCACCACUGCAAGAGGGUGCCCAACCCCACGGAGUCGUAACCCCACCAAGCCUGCAGUACACUCGCAUGCACACACGUAAAGCGAGGCUGCGUUGAUUCAUCAUAGUAAGCAAGUGAGAACCUAGCGCCGCUUCUACUGCACCGGUGAUUACACUGUACACAAUAUACUUCCAGAGAGCACAAAAACACGAGUCAACUUGAUUGACCUUCGAGGGAUGAUCAUCAUGGCUGAUCAAAGACGAUAUUUGGGUUGUGGGAUGAGAUGCAUUCUGUGGUUUUCUUUUGUGAUUGCAUUUUUGAUUUUUUUCCUGGUAUGGUGUGACAUUUUUGGCAGACCACCUGGAUAAUGUCACUUUUUCCAUGUCUUUGUUUGCUAAUCAGACUAUAAAUGGCUUUAGACUUCUUACAACCACUCAACAAUCUCAUCGUAUGACUUUGCUGAAACAUGAGAUGGCCCUAGAUUAUCUUACUGCACGUACCGGUGGUUUGUGUGUAACCCUUAAUUUGACUGGUGAUGCAUGUGUGACUUUAAUUCCUGAUAAUAAUGACAAUAUAACAUCUGUUAUUCAUGCACUUGAGAAGAUUCGAGAUGAGUUUGGGCCCUCUGCUUCGGCAGGAACCUCCUUUAAUGCAUGGUUGAGCGCUAGAUUCGGACCCUGGGGUGCAAUGGUUUUCCAACUUUUGUUACCUGUACUUAUCACCCUAGGAUUAAUAUUAUUCUUUUGUACAUGCACUCUGACCUGUAUGAAAGCCUUGAUGCAUCGUUGGAUAGGCGAGACAGUGACUGGUCAGUAUGCACUCUUGUCACAGGCUGAACUUUUGUCAAAGGAAGAUCCUUUCCCUGUUAGUGAUUAUGGUUCCUCAGCUUCGUCUGAGGAUGAGAUGUAAACAUGUGAUUUCUUCCCCUUUUUUUUUUUCUUUAUAUAUACUUUUGUAAUCGACACCGCAGGGUCUAUCCUUCACAAAAAUAGUAAACGUCUUUUUCUAACAGGCAAUCUGUAUGAUGACAUGUCUUAAAUCCUUGUGAAUUGUCAUGUUUGAUGUAAAAUGAUUUUGUAUUUUUUUUUUUUGAUUAAUGUGUAAUCAAAAGGGGGGAAGUGUAGUGGAAAAAUUCUUUUAACCUCUGUCUUACUAUUUUAUGCUUACUUUGUUUUACAAUUAUAUUUUAUGUUUAACUUUGUAUG